AUGAUCGAAUUAGGGAAUAAUCCGGGUCCAUUAGAUGCUGCAUCUCUAUGCACAGCCUGUGAUUCAGAGAUUCGUUCCGCAAACCCACUUGCUAGACGCCAUCAACGAGUUCCAAUUCUGCCAAUCUCUGGAAACUCUUACAGUUCCAUGGCGAAUAACCAUUCAAGUGAGACAACAGUGACGACAGAUCCAGAGAACAGACUGGUGGUGGGUCAAGAAGAGGAUGAAGAUGAAGCAGAGGCGGCUUCUUGUUCGAGUAUGGACAAGCAAUUCACAGAUCAAUCCAAUGAAUAUCACCAAGGCUACAACGUACCUCAGGGGAGCUAUGGGGGAGAUGGAGUUGUUCCACUUCAAGUUGAAUUAAAGGGUCACAUGCACCAUGAGCAAUACGACUUUCAGUUCGGUUUCACCAUGGCUCCUCAGGAGAUCAUCAAAGCUCCUCCAAUGGUUCCCCAAGUCAUAUGUCCAAUGGACAGAGAAGCUAGAGUCCUGAGAUACAAUGAGAAGAAGAAGAUGAGGAAAUUUGAGAAGACAAUAAGAUAUGCUUCAAGGAAGGCGUAUGCAGAGACAAGACCACGGAUCAAGGGCCGGUUUGCAAAGAGGAAAGAAGCCGAUGCAGAGGCAGACCAAGCUUUCUCCACAAUGAUAAUGUUCGACACAUGA